GGUGGGUGCGAGGACAUGGGAGCUGCUUGAGACAGACCCGGAGCGGACGGAGGGGAGGACUUGAGGGGAAAACACGACCGGGAAGAACAUGGGAGUCCCUCUUGGAGCCUCGCUGCUCCUGUGCUGCUGCCUGGGGCUCAGCCGGGGAUCUCCACUAUUGCUCUUUGCUAACCGGCGGGAUGUCCGGAUGGUCGACGCAGGAGGGUCUAAGUUGGAAUCUGUCGUGGUAAGCGGCUUAGAAGAUGCUGCUGCAGUCGAUUUCCACUACUCACAGGGCAUUAUUUACUGGACGGAUAUCAGUGAAGAAUCUAUAAAAGAAACCGUUUAUAAUCAGAGUGGGAACUUGCAGAAUGUUGUUAUUUCUGGGUUGGUGUCUCCAGAUGGGCUGGCAUGCGAUUGGAUUGGCAAAAAGUUGUAUUGGACAGACUCUGAAACUAACAGGAUAGAAGUGGCUAACCUGAAUGGAACUUACAGAAAUGUCCUCUUCUGGCAAGAUCUCGAUCAACCAAGGGCCAUUGCCCUGGACCCAGCUCAUGGGUACAUGUACUGGACCGAUUGGGGAGAAGCACCACGUAUCGAACGUGCAGGAAUGGAUGGGAGCACCCGCAAAAUCAUAGUAGACUCGGAUAUUUAUUGGCCCAAUGGGCUAACAGUUGACUUAGAAGAGCAAAAGCUUUAUUGGGCUGAUGCCAAGCUAAGUUUUAUUCACAGAGCUAACCUGGAUGGAUCAUUCAGGCAGAAGGUGGUUGAAGGAAGCCUCACACAUCCGUUUGCUCUGACGGUGGCUGGCGACACAUUGUAUUGGACUGACUGGCAAACUCGUUCUAUUCAUGCUUGCAAUAAACGCACCGGGGAAAAGCGAAGGGAGGUCAUCAGCUCACUUUACUCUCCUAUGGAUAUUCAAGUGUUUAGCCAGGAGAGACAGCCGCCUUUCCAUACUCCAUGUGAUGAUGGUAAUGGGGGCUGCUCACAUCUCUGCCUUUUGUCCCCACGGGACCCAUUUUACAGCUGCGCAUGUCCCACUGGAGUGCAACUGACUCAAGAUGGCAAAACUUGCAAGACGGGUGCUGACGAUGUUCUUUUGCUUGCACGGAGGACAGACUUGCGUAGGAUCUCCUUGGACAUGCCGGACUACACAGAUAUUGUUCUUCAGAUUGAUGACAUCAAACAUGCUAUUGCUAUAGAUUAUGACCCAGUAGAAAGGUACAUUUAUUGGACAGAUGAUGAGGUCAAGGCAAUUCGUCGUGCCUACUUGGAUGGAUCAGGAGCACAAACUUUGGUGACCACAGAGAUCAAGCACCCAGAUGGAAUAGCUGUGGAUUGGGUGGCUGGCAAUCUUUACUGGACUGACACAGGGACCAAUCGUAUUGAGGUCACUAGGUUAAAUGGAACAUCAAGGAAGAUUUUAAUCUCUGAAAAUCUGGAUGAACCUAGGGCCAUUGUAGUGAACCCACUGACUGGUUACAUGUACUGGACAGAUUGGGGAGAAAACCCAAAGAUUGAAUCUGCUUUCCUGGAUGGCACUGAAAGGACUGUGCUUGUAAACUCAUCCUUGGGCUGGCCCAAUGGUCUGGCCCUCGACCUGCUGGAAGCUAAACUCUAUUGGGGAGAUGCCAAAACGGACAAGAUUGAGGUUAUCAAUGUUGAUGGUAGCAUGCGGAGAACAAUUCUUGAAGACAAGCUUCCACAUAUAUUUGGAUUUACACUUCUUGGGGAUUACAUUUAUUGGACAGACUGGCAAAGACGAAGCAUUGAAAGGGUUCACAAAGUGAGGGCAGGCCGGGAAGUCAUUAUUGACCAACUGCCGGAUCUGAUGGGGCUUAAAGCAGCCAGCGUGACAAAUACAUUUGGUACCAAUCCAUGUGCAGAUAAUAAUGGAGGCUGCAGCCACUUGUGUUUCUUCUGUCCCCGAGGGGUACAGUGCUCUUGCCCAAUGGGGCUGGAGUUACUGGGUGACAUGAGGACUUGCAUCAUUCCAGAAGCAUUUUUAGUUUUCACAAGCCGAGCAACCAUUCACAGGAUUUCCUUGGAAACAAACAACAAUGGUGUUACAAUCCCACUCACUGGGGUCAAAGAAGCUUCUGCCCUGGACUUCGAUGUGUCUGAUAAUAGAAUCUAUUGGACAGAUAUUACAUUAAAGACCAUAAGCAGAGCUUUCAUGAAUGGGAGCUCACUAGAGCAUGUGAUUGAAUUUGGUCUAGACUACCCAGAAGGCAUGGCUGUAGACUGGAUGGGAAAGAACCUUUAUUGGGCGGACACAGGAACAAAUCGGAUUGAAGUUGCUCGUCUUGAUGGACAGUUUCGGCAAGUUCUAAUCUGGAAAGACUUGGAUAACCCUAGAUCCCUGGCCUUGGAUCCUGCUAAGGGAUAUAUGUAUUGGACGGAAUGGGGAGGAAAACCUAGAAUUGUUCGUGCCUUCAUGGAUGGAACCAAUAGUAUUACGUUGAUUGACAAAUUGGGUCGAGCCAAUGAUUUAACCAUUGACUACACUGACCAAAGGCUCUACUGGACUGAUCUGGACACAUGCAUGAUUGAAUCCUCCAACAUGUUGGGCCAAGAAAGAGUGAUCAUUGCCGAUGAUCUUCCUCACCCAUUUGGUCUUACCCAGUACAGUGAUUUUAUCUACUGGACGGACUGGAAUGUCCGUAGUAUUGAAAGAGCAGACAAAACCAAUGGGAAGAACCGUACCCUGAUUCAAGGCCACUUGGACUUUGUGAUGGACAUCCUCGUCUUCCAUUCCUCUCGGCAGGACGGCUUUAAUGACUGCAUGCAAAGCAAUGGUCACUGUAGUCAGCUAUGUCUGGCUGUGCCAAGUGGAUACAGAUGUAGCUGCUCGUCUCAUUACACCUUGGACUCCAACAACCGGAACUGCAGCUUGCCUUCCAGCUUCCUUCUGUUCAGUCAGAAGACUGCCAUAAGUCGCAUGGUUUUAGAUGAGCAACAGAGUCCAGACCUCAUACUUCCUAUCCAUGGUCUGAGAAAUGUCAAGGCAAUUGGUUAUGACCCUCUAGAUAAGCUAAUCUACUGGGUGGAUGGACGGCAAAAUGUAAUCAAAAGAGCAAAGGAUGAUGGCUCCCAGCCAUUUGUGGUGGUAUCCACUCCGAAUCAAAGCCAAACACAGGAAAAACAGCCCCAUGAUCUAAGCAUUGACAUAUACAGCCACAGUUUAUAUUGGACUUGUGAGAGCACCAAUACCAUCAAUGUCAACAGACUUAAUGGUGAGACUUUAGGAAUAGUCUUACGUGGAGACCAUGACAAGCCAAGAGCCAUUGCUGUGAAUGCAGAACGAGGGUAUAUGUAUUUUACCAACAUGCAAGAUCGCUCCCCAAAGAUUGAACGAGCUGCAUUAGAUGGGACAGAGCGUGAAGUGCUAUUCACAACAGGACUCAUCCGGCCAGUCGCUCUUGUUGUAGAUAACAAACUGGGGAAGCUGUUCUGGGUCGAUGCAGAUUUGAAACGUAUAGAAAGCAGUGACUUGUCAGGAGCAAAUCGAAUAACUUUGGAAGAAUCAAACAUCCUCCAGCCCAUGGGACUUACAGUUCUUGGAGAUCACCUAUACUGGAUUGAUCGGCAGCAGCAGAUGAUCGAAAGGGUAGAGAAGACAAACGGUUUCAAAAGGACAAGAAUUCAAGGCCGCAUUGCUCACCCUACCGGCAUUCAUGCAGCCGAACCUAUGGAUAUGACCGAAUUCUCUGCUCACCCAUGUUCUCGAGAUAAUGGUGGCUGCUCUCAUAUAUGCAUUGCCAAAGGAGAUGGUACCCCUCGGUGUUCCUGUCCGGUUCAUCUUGUUCUGUUACAGAACCUUUUAACAUGUGGCGAGCCACCCACAUGUUCACCAGAACAGUUCACCUGUGGCACUGGAGAAAUUGACUGCAUCCCCUUGUCCUGGCGUUGUGAUGGUAUUUCUGAGUGUGAAGACGACAGCGAUGAGAAGAAUUGUCCCAUGUGUUCCCCCAACCAGUUCCAGUGUGAGAAAGGACAAUGCAUUGAUGCCCGUCAGAAGUGCAAUGGAGAGUAUGACUGUCAGGACAAGUCCGAUGAAAUGGACUGUGAUUCAAAUUGCCUCCCCAACCAGUUCCUGUGUUCUAAUGGACAAUGUAUAAUGGCAAACCAAAAAUGUGACUCUUUUCCCGACUGCAGUGAUAGUUCCGACGAACUUCUUUGUAAUGAAAUUGGUAAGAUGCCAUUAGAAGAAACACCUUCUCACAGCAGUGCCAUCGUUCCAGUGAUUAGCAUCAUCCUGUCCGUGUUUGUGGUGGCCGGAUUGUAUUUUGUAUGCCAGAGAGUUGUGUGUCAGAGAUAUACAGGUCCAAACGGACCUUUCCCGCAUGAAUACAUCAGUGGAACCCCACACGUCCCUCUGAACUUUCUAACAACUAGAAGUUCUCAACCCGGUACUUACACAGGUAUUUCCUGUGGAAAACCAAUAAUCAGUUCAAUGAGCAUCAUAGGAGGCAGCAGUGGAGCACCUUUGUAUGACAGGAACCAUGUAACCGGAGCCUCUUCUAGCAGUUCAUCCAGCACAAAGGCUACACUUUACCCCCAGAUAUUGAACCCUCCUCCAUCACCAGCAACAGAUCGUUCCUUGUACAACACUGAAGUAUUCUAUUCAUCAAACAGUCCGUCCACUACAAGAUCAUACAGGCCUUACAUUACACGAGGAAUUGUACCACCGACAACACCAUGCAGCACCGACGUGUGUGACAGUGACUAUACAACAAGUAGAUGGAAAGCAAAUAAAUACUACAUGGAUCUGAAUUCGGAUUCUGACCCGUAUCCACCUCCUCCCACUCCUAGGAGUCAGUACAUGUCAGCGGAGGAGAGCUGCCCCCCUUCUCCCACCACAGAAAGAAGUUACUUUCACCUUUACCCACCACCACCCUCCCCAUGUACAGACUCUUCAUGACCCCAACAGAAAGAAGCCAACACCUUUUAUUGUAAAUAGUUUUAAAUAUGAACAAAAGAACAAAUAUAUAUAAAUAUUAAUAAAUAUAUUUUAUGAUUUUAAAGAUAAACCACAUCUGUUUUUUUCUACAAAAAAUAAAACAAAAGAAAAUGGAGAAAAGUUUGGGGAAAAAAAAUUAAAUGUGAAUACAAAUGGGUUGGGGGGGAUUGUGAAAAUUGUACAGUUAAAUAUUUAUAAUUUGCUUUUAAUUUGCUUUAUUUUUAAUUUAAAUGCCACGUGCCAUGUUUUUAAUAGAAGCUACAAAACUUAAGUGUAUUUUAGGCAGACUUGUGAAAUCGGACCACGUGUUCUAAUUGGUGCUAAGUCAUGAGGUACAAACAUUCUAAGAACCACGUGUCUUAUAUUUAAAGUGAACUAUAGCUGAUGUCUAAUCAUUUCUUAUAUUUUUGAAUAUUUUGUGGUCUUCCAAAUUCAUGCGGCAUGUGUUCUGUCAAAGGUAUUUGAAAUAUUCAUUAUUUUGUCUUGUGUUUUGUUUUUGUUUUUUUUGUAGCACGACAAUUAUAUAAAAUGGAGCAAUCCCAACUCCAUUGUUUAGAACUUUGCCCUAAAAAAUAUUCCCUAACAUUAAAAUUUCUUUAUGGAAAUUAUGUCUUCUUACUACCAAAGCUGGAUUUACGUGUCAGAUGCCUAUAGGUGUAAACUUUUUAGGUGUCUAUACCUUCCUCAAAUAUUUCAGCUUUCAUUCUGAUGCUUGCUCUAUGAUUUAGAGGACACCCCAGAUUAUUGGGAAGUACAUCUCUAUGUACAUCAAAAUGUAAUAGUGUAUGUAAAUAUAUCUCAAAAUUUUACAUUUGUACGAAUGGCGGGAAUGUUUUGUAGACUGGCGAUGUUUGAAAGCUGCCUAUUCUGCCUAUUUGUAAAAACCAGUCCUGGUUAAUUCAGCACAAACUUUUUAAGGAAGCUCCUCUAAUAAACAAUAAAACCACGUCUUCACAAAAUAUUUGACAAUAUGUUAAAAUUAAUAAUAUUGUGUGUGUGUUUAUAUUUAUGUAUGUACAUAUAGAUAUUUACAAAAUGACCAGAUUCACCUACAUAUAAGAGUCCAUUGUACAGUAUAUAAUAAGUUUUUUUUUUUUAUUCGAGUUGCAUUAACAUAGUGGUACAGGGAGCCUUUCCAAAAGUCAUGGCUUUAUUUCCAUUAUCUGUACCAAUGGUCUGUCUAUUUAAUGGAUGUGUACAUUACCUUAAUACUUGGCACCAAUUAGCAAGUAAAGCUCGUUACCUCUGUUUAGUUUGUUAUUUUUACACAAGCCUUUAGAGUAUAUCAUGCAGUGUAACUGUUUGCUGGUAAAUAUAAAAAAAAAAAUAAUAAAUGUGCACUUGUUGCAAUGCAUGUGAAUCAUAUUAACGAUUUGGUAAAUUAAGACUGCCUUUUUUUGUAAAAAAGAAAAAAAGUGAAGUAAUUAUGUUUCUGGAAAAAAGCACCAUAAAGAGUUAUUUUCCUGUAAAAUGUAUUUGUGUUUUUAUUUUUAACAUUAAUGCCUACAUAACCUCACAAGGUAGAGCAAUGCUUACAGGUAGGUCAUUAGAGCAAUGGUGCUCAACUCUUCUUUUUUGACUAUGGGAU